CAAACAGUCCAUUGAUACUCUACAGUUUAUCAUGAGAGCUUUUUUUACCUUCAUUUUUAUCCUGUUGCUCUGUAAUCUUUACAGGGCACAAGAACACAGCAGUAAUAGUUUUAUCAAUAGCGAGGAUGUGUCUGAGACUCAGAUGUCCUGGUCAGAGGAAAGCAAAGAAGAGCCGGAGCCUCAGCUAGACAUCUGGGAGGAGCUGAGGAACCUGCGAGAUUUGGUGGUGGCGCAAGGAGCAGAACUAAGGCUUCUGUCAGCAAAACUGGCAGCAAGUGACAGCUUGGUGCAGAACCUGAAGGAGGAGGUUACAGUGAUGAAGAUCAGGCUGACUACAGCAGAGAGUCUGAUUGGAGAAAUGCAGAUGGAGGUAGAAGUGAGUAAAGUGGCUUUUUCCACCUCUCUGCUGGUAACCGGAGAGGGUAACACAUUCUACGUUGAUUUUGCCACGCUCGUCUUCAGAAACGUCUAUACCAACAUUGGAAACCACUACAGCCCAAUCACAGGUUAUUUCACUGCACCAGUAAGAGGAGUGUAUUACUUCAGAUUCACUGGCCAUCAAACGUCUGAUCAAUCCAGUUUAAUGUUAAGACUUGUCAAGAAUGAACAUCCCAUCAUUUUCUCAGGGGACCGUGUUUGUCUGGAUGAUCGUGAGGACAGUGUGUCCAAUGGAGUUGUAUUGUACUUAGAGAUCAGAGAUGUUGUUGCUAUACAGUUAAGUGGUGAAGUCUGGGAUGACAAUUAUCACAGAACAACAUUUAGUGGAUUUCUACUCUUUGGCUUGUAGAACUUAAUUUGUGUAAGGAAUCACUGAACAUUUUUUAUAGACCUAUACAUUUAUCAUGGAAAUAAAUACUCCAGAUUCAUCCUGAA